CCAUGAAUGGCAGCAACAGAGUGGUGGGGCCUGCGAUGGCUGUCAUGAUACCGGCAGCCAAGGAGUCACCACAGCAGCAGGAGAAGGUGGACGUGAGGGGGAGGUGGGGUCACAAGGCCGAGUACAUCCUGACAGUCAUAGGGGCCAUCAUCGGACCAGGAAACGUCUGGAGGUUUCCCUACCUGUGCUACAAGAAUGGCGGAGGUGUGUUCUUCAUCCCGUACCUGUUGUUCCUGGUCACCUGUGGCAUCCCCCUCUUCUUCAUGGAGACGGCUCUGGGCCAGUACACCAGCCAGGGGGGCAUCACCUGCUGGCGACACAUCUGCCCCAUCUUCCAGGGUGUGGGCUAUGCCAGCCAUCUGAUCAUUGGCUUCAGUGCUACCUCGUACAUUGUGAUCCUGGCCUGGGCGUUCUUCUACCUCUUCAACUCCUUCAGCUCGGAGCUGCCCUGGGCACACUGUGGAAACAGCUGGAACACAGAAUCCUGCUUGCCCUACACAAAAGAGCCGACCAAUGGCACUGUCAGAAUCAACGGGACCCUGCCUGUGGUGGAGUUUUGGGAGAGGAGGGUGCUUCGUAUAUCGGGUGGGAUAGAGGAGCUGGGCAGUGUGCACUAUGAGCUAGCGCUCUGCCUCCUGUUGACCUGGGUCAUAUGCUACUUCUGUGUGUGGAAAGGCAUCAAGUCCACAGGCAAGGCCGCCUAUUUCACUGCCACGUUCCCAUACGUGACCCUGUUGGCUCUGCUGGUGAGGGGCGUGACGCUGCCUGGAGCCGCGGACGGCAUCAUCUACUACCUCUACCCAGACAUCUCGCGACUGGCAGACCCACAGGUUUGGAUGGACGCCGGCACACAGAUCUUCUUCUCCUACGCCAUCAGCCUGGGCUUCCUCACCUCGCUGGGCAGCUACAACAACUACGACAACGACUGCUACAAGGACUCGUUCCUGCUGUGCCUUCUGAACAGCCUCACCAGCUUCAUCUCUGGCUUUGCCAUCUUCUCCAUCCUGGGCUUCAUGACCCACGAGCAGGGGGUGUCCAUGGCUGAGGUGGCCAGCUCAGGUCCUGGUCUGGCGUUCAUCGUGUACCCCAGGGCGGUGGCCAUGAUGCCAGGCCCACAGGUGUGGUCCGCCUGCUUCUUCCUCAUGAUCAUCCUGCUGGGCCUGGACAGCCAGUUUGUGGGCCUGGAGUGUCUGAUGACGUCGCUGACAGAUGUGUUCUCCACGCUGCGUAAGGGCUUCAGGAGAGAGCUGCUUCUGCUGGCUAUCUGCACGUCCAGUUUCCUCCUCGGUCUCAGCUUUGUGACACAGGGGGGACUGUACAUCCUUCAGCUGAUGGACCAUCAUGUGUGCAGCGGAACCACACUGCUCAUCCUCUCACUUUGCCAGUCCCUUAGCAUUGCUUACAUCUACGGUGCUGAGCGCUUCUAUGGCAACAUCACGGAUAUGAUUGGUUAUAGGCCACAUGAGCUGAUGAAGUACUGCUGGCUCUUCAUCACUCCAGUUGUGUGUGUGGGGACUCUGAUCUUCUCUAUUGCGAGGUACAGUCCUCUGAAGUUCAGCAACACCUAUACCUACCCUGUGUGGGCCAACGUCAUCGGCUGGUUCUUGGCCUCCAUCUCCCUGUCUCUCAUCCCAAUCUGGAUUAUGUUCAAAUUGUACAUGGGAAAAGGCUCUUUGAAAGACCGAUUUCUCCGCCUGUGUCGUCCUGUGGAAAAACCAUACCUAGAUCAGCACUACAAGUCUGACAACUAUCAUCUGAGCAUUCCGGCCAGUGUUGGCUCUCCAGUCGAAUGCUUGAUGAAGUGAUGAAGAGAUGAAGAUACUACUAGCCAAGCUAUUGUUUGUGACUACCAAGACCUACGGCGCUUCUAAUCUGGCCAAGAUGCUGUAAUUUCACCGUUCUUAUAGGGGGCGGGAUUAACCUAUGUCUGUCAAAUUCGACUGGUCAGAGUUAGUGUAGGUACAUCAAGCCAUUCUUUUUCCACUGGCUUAACUACCAGUGGUAGUCUUGCCCUGCCUUGAACCUGCCUCAAUCGAGCCAUUGGAAAAUGAUUGAUUUUUUUGUAUCGGAAGCCAAAUCCGAGGGCAAUUUGAAAUUGAGAUCAAUCUCUUGACUAUACUAACUGACUUGGUUGUGAAAUUUGCAGCUAGCAUCAACAUCAGGGAGUACGUACCUGUGUGGCCCAGGUGACAGACAUACCUCAUGGCAACCCCAAACAAGAAUUUCGGUGGAUAGUAGUUGGACUGGACCCUCGUUUUCAUGUCGACAAUUUUUGAUACUAUUUUUACAUACUACCUGUAAUAAACCCUGUUUUUUACUGUAACCUUUGUAAUUUUUGAAUGAAUAGGGAGGGAUAUGUGUAUUAAAAUAUUAUGUGAGAUCAGGAUGUCUUUAAUGAAAACUAAUGUAUACUGUAUAUAUCAUACUAUAUUAUAUUUUGA